AUGCAUCUAACCCGGGUCCUCCGAAGCCAUCCAUUACCGUGGCUCACAGGGCUGAGAUCAGUCCAACUCCAACGCGUCGCGCGCGCGACGGGGAUCCAAUCCUCGGGAACAAAUGGCGCGCUCAUUGAGCGAAUUCAGAACACGCUCACGCCAUACCAACUCAAACCAACAGAGGAUACACCAAAUGGGGCUAGGCCGGGUGAAACCCCCAUGAGCAUCCUCAGUAUCGACAUGGGAAUUCAGAACCUCGCAUUCGCUCAUCUAAACCUCCCACGCUCCGACCAAGAAAGAAAACCAAAACUCACAGCAUGGCGCCGACUCGCCAUGUCUGAGAUCUCGAGUCUGGAAUUACAUUCGACUUUAGUGCAAGCGUUGACUGUCACCUCGAGACCAGAGGACAAUCUCUCAAAACCCAAGCCAAAGCCCAAGCUAAAAGCACAAACGACCGAAAUCCCAGUGGAACCAAUAGCCAAGAAGAGUAAAGAUAAAGAAUCAUUUUGUCCUGCGCUUUAUGCCCAAAACGCCUACUCUCUAAUCAACACCCUCUUACAUACUUACAACCCAACUCAUAUCCUGAUUGAGCGCCAACGAUUCCGCUCGGCUGGUGGUAGCGCGGUACAAGAAUGGACCAUUCGCGUCGGUGUAUUCGAGGGUAUGCUCUACGCCGUCUUACACGCGUUACGUGAAGAGCGCGGCUCAGCGGUCCAGGUCCAUGGGGUCGAGCCGAAGCGCGUAGUGAAGUACUGGAUUGAUAAGGAGCGAGGGGGAGAGAAGAUGAGUGCUCGGGAGGUGAAGAAGGCGAAGAUUGAGAUUGUUGGGGGUUGGUUAGAGGAUGGCAGGGUUGAGAUUGAGGAGGAUGUUCAGGGUCUGGUGAGGGCUUAUUUGGGGAAAUCGCGAGAGGGUAAGAGUGAGGUGGGCAAGUUGGAUGAUUUGGCGGAUUGUUUGUUGCAGGGGGUGACUUGGUUGGAGUGGGAGGAGAUGAGAGCGAGGUUGGCGAAGGAUGGGUUUGGCGGGCUUGGAUAA